AUGGGUAAUUGUAUUCACCAGUCUCAACAUCAGCCAAGUGUCAAUUCCUCCUUAUCUUCAGUUGAUAAUUUAUCGAAUACAUUUCAUCGCAACAUUUUUGCGAAUCGUUUUUCAAAUCUUCGUGCAAUACCAACGUAUAACUUAGCGACCCUCAUCGAUGAAACACUUCUAAUUAUCCGAACAGUUGUUGAUACUGACCAAGAUCCUCCUCAUGCAAUGCUGGUUUUAUCACGAAUUGCCAAUCGAGAGGAUCGAUGGUUAGAAGUCGUCGUUGCCUUAGUUGAACGCGUACCAAUCAAUGAUCCGUUGGGUGCGACAGUGAUCGCUUUAUUACUUGACGAAUGUUUACUACCAUCAAAAGAGCUAUUGCAACAAUUAAUCAAACGACUUUGUUCAAAUAAUCAAACAAAAAUCAAAUCUCUUCAAACAAUUGUUGAUGAACAUAUCGAACAAGUAUCCGAACAACAGAAUAACAAUCGUACGAUCAGCUCGACAGUUGGAAAACACGUUGGACAUGUGACGAAUAUUAAUAAUGAUUCUAAUGAAUCAACUCCUGUGUUACAUUCGACGUCACAUGAGUUUAUCAACGAACAACAAUCUUCAGAGAAAGGAUCUAAAUUAUCAUUAAUGACGAGUCUUCGUCCGUCUAAAAGAUCUCUUUCAUCUUUGAAGCCCACCAAUUCAUCCGAUCUAUCAAGUCAACGGAAGUUUGACGAUAACUUACACCAAGAACGUAAUACAUUGGUCGUUCUCGGUUGUCUUGCUGAAAAACUCGUCGGACCAUCAAGUGCAGCGAUGUUGGAUACAGUUGCGUUAGAAUAUCUAAUAGAUCGAGUGCAUUUAGGCAUGUAUGCUUGUAAUUCAUUGAAAUCAUUCGACGUUGACGAUCUGGAUAUAUCAUCGAAAUAUUCAUCCGUGUUAAAAAUCGUCCUAUUUGCUCUGAUCGCUUUGGAAAAGUUUUCACACACAUCAGAAGCGAAGUUAAUGUUACUGGAAUCAUUAACGAUAAAAAAUGAACAACCUAAAAGAAAUGUUUUACAAUAUUAUGAAACAUGGGCACCAUCGAACAACUGUCUAAAACGACAAAUCGGAUUUUAUGCUCAAUGGUUACUUGAUAAUGUGUUCAUACUUGAUAAUCGUUCUCCGUCUUAUGAAAUCGUUGAUCAUCGAUAUAUCAAUGUUAUGCUUAAUGAUAAAGAUGUUAGUGAAUACUUAAAAAUUAGUCCUGACGGAUUGGAAGCUCGGAGUGAUACAGUUUCGUUUGAAAGUGUUCGAUGUACGUACCAUGUUAAUUCAAGUGUUUGGUAUUACGAAGUCUUGAUUAUCACGGACGGUGUUAUGCAGAUCGGUUGGGCAACAAAACAAUCGAGAUUUAUGAAUCACGAAGGUUAUGGAAUCGGUGAUGAUCAUUAUUCAAUCGCUUAUGAUGGCUGCCGAAAUUUGAUAUGGUUUGGAGCAAAAUCUAUUCCACAUGCGAAUCCCGCUUGGAAACCUGGAGAUAUCGUUGGAUGUUUAAUCGAUUUUGAUCGACGAGAAGUGAUAUUUUCAUUAAAUGGUCGUUGUCUUGAUCCAUUUCGUAAAUUAUUUUCUUCGUCAUCAUCGGCGCACUCGACCGAUGGUUAUUUUGCUGCGGCAAGUUUCAUGUCUUAUCAGCACUGUCGGUUCAAUUUCGGUUCGACACCAUUUCGUUAUCCUCCAACAACAGCGAAAUCAUUCAAAACAUUCAAUGAAUACGGUCGUCUAUCUGAUAAUGAUAAAUUAAUCCUACCGAGGUACAAAAAACUGCAGUUAUUGCGUGAAAUAAAAAUUAAUGAACAAGAUUGUAUGUUAUGUGCAGAUUUACAUGCAAAUAUUCUCCUAAAACCUUGUCAACAUACAGGAUUUUGUGAUCAAUGUGCAGACAAACUAGAUAACUGUCCUAUAUGUCGAUCGGAUAUUCGUGAACGUGUUAUUCUAACAGAGUAA